GAGAAAUAAUCGCUAUGAAUUUCCAGCCUUAAACUUGUGCUUUAUCCCUUCGUCGAUAUCCAUUUCAGUGUCCAAUCUUUUUUUAAGAAGUCAAUUUAGCAUCUUUAGUUCAGUUUUGGUAGCGAUUCCCUUUUCUCCGCUACUCCUACCGUCAACAGGAAUUUGAAUCCUUCUGGAUUGUUUUUUGGACCAAGUUUUGUUAUUUUGUUUAAAGUCGCUACAAUGAGGGGAAAAUCGAAAACGAGUAAGUACGACUACUCUAAGAAACUGGUCGUCGUUGGAGACGGUGGUUGUGGAAAAACAUGUCUCUUGACAGUCUUUUCUACCGGUGUCUUUCCAGAGCGUUACGUACCAACGGUUUUUGAGAAUUACUUGACUACUAUUCAUUAUGGGCCAUACAAUAAGGAAAUUGAAUUAGCUUUAUGGGAUACGGCUGGACAGGAAGAAUACGACAGACUGCGGCCUCUUAGUUAUCCUAACAGCAACAUUAUUCUUCUGUGUUUUGCCAUUGACUGUCCUGCCAGUUUGAACAAUAUUACUGAGAAGUGGUACCCAGAGGUGCAGCAUUUUUGUCCUAGGACCCCUUUACUUUUGGUUGGUCUCAAGUCGGAUCUGAGGAAAAAUCGAAAUGCAACAGAGGUCUUGCGUACACAGGGGUUGACACCUGUCACAUUCCAGCAGGCAUCUGCUGUCGCAGCGUCGAUCAGUGCUCCGUACAUUGAAUGUUCAUCCAGAGAAAACAUCGGAGUUCAUGAAGUUUUUCAGCUUGCUGUCUCCUUGGCUAUGAAAAAGACAUUCUCUUUCUCAAAGAAAGGCUGUGUUCUCUUAUAGACGAAGUAAGAAGACGAAAAAGAAUGUGUGAAAGUUUCCUUCUGCAAACUGACCUCGCCAUCGUUCCCUUCUUUUUCUUCCUUGUCCCAUCGGGCAUAUUUUUUAUUGUCUUAGGAUGGCAGUACCCACAUUGUGUUCACGAACUGCUUCUCUGUUUUUAUUGUGAGCCCGCAAACUUCUAUGUUUCCAAUGGCUCUAAUUCCUCCCUUUGAGCAGGUCUCAAAUUCCACUCAGUUAAGGAUGCACAGUUCACUGAUACCCUACAUCUUCAUUUGUUUUCUACAUACAUCUUCAUCAUUUAACGUCGCUGUGUCAAUCCUAGAAACUAUUUUCCACUUUCAUUCAACAUAUAUGCACAAUAUCGUAUAAAACUACAUGCACGAGGCAAGCCAUUGGACCGCAGGAAAAUUCCGUCAGACUUUAAACGCGUUUCCAUUAUCAUUCUCAACAGGAGGGUUCGUUACAGAUUCGUGAAAUGACAUCCAUAAGGAUGCAACUUUGUCGAACUCUUUGCCAACCUGUUGUUCAAGGUUAGCCAACAAAAGCUUCUUAAACAUCGUAAUGCAAUAUCAUACCCCAUUUACACUUUCCAAAUUUUUAUUUAAUACAUCGAGAAGAUUGACGAUUUCAUGCAUAUUCUUUAUUUUAGUAUUGUUAGCAUCUGAUUACUAUGAAUACCGU